GCUGCUGUCGUCCCCUUCGCAUCGUCCCUCUGAAAAAGCUGAAAUUCAAUUCAUUUGGCUUUUGAACGCAAAGCCGAGCACUUUUCGAUCGCAUUCAACAUCAUCGCGCAAGAACAACAAUAUAGAUAGACAAUAAAAAUGGAGCAGUGGAAUAAUGUGGAGCUGAGGAGCAUUACCAAAAAAUCGUACACAUUAAAUCACGACUACGAUGGAGCCCAAAGGCUGACCAAGGCUAACGAGAGCUCCAACGAAACGUCAACAAAUGGAAAUGGCAAUGCCAAUGGCAGCGAGAAUAAUCCGUCGGACAGCAGUCAGGUGCUGCAGCCCGGCUCAGAUAUCAAGCCUAAGCUGCAACUGGAGGAGGUGGAGCCAUUGGUGCGACGUCUGUACGGUAUCACAGUUAACGAGCUCAAGGAGCUGAAGGCCUACGAUGAUCGCAACUAUCUAAUACAGGAAGAUUGCAACGUCAAGAAUCCGCUGAUUGUUUCGCAUUCGCCACAUGGUUAUGUGCUGAAAAUUCUCAACGCCUUGGAUUCCAAAAAGGAAGAAGUUGUGGAUGCACAAAAUCAACUUUUGCUUUACUUGGCCAAACAAAAUGUGAAAUGUCCCCGACCCAUCGCCAAUGCACGUGGAAAUUAUUAUUCUGUGGAGCAGAUCAACGGAAACAGUCAUGUGGUUCGUCUGCUGGAAUUUAUACCAGGUCAAAUGUUCCACGAGGUGCCGACAACCAAAAAUUUGCUCUAUCAAAGCGGUGAGUAUUUGGCCAAAUUGGAUCGAGCACUGAAAAAGUUCACGCACAAAGCGUAUGACACACACAAGACUCUGUGGAUGUUGCAAUCGGUGCCGCAGCUGCGCGAUUUUCUGUACGUGCUCGAGGAUCAUCAGCGUAAGGCCUUGUGCGAGGAGAUAAUCGAGGCAUUUGAAUCGAAAGUGCUGAGCGUGCUGCCCACACUGGAGCUGCAGAUCAUCCAUGGCGAUUACAAUGAACAGAAUAUCGUGGUAAAUACGCUUGCUCAAGCAGCAGGCGGAGAUGCACAUCGUGUGACGGGCGUCAUUGACUUUGGCGACACCAGUCGAUCGCCCUUAAUCUUUGAGCUGGGUAUUGCCAUGACCUACAUGAUGUUGCAAGCUAAGGAUUUGGCUAGUGGUGGCAUUUUCCUUGCUGGUUAUACCAGCAUCCAGUCAAUUAGUACCAACGAGCGUAGCUAUCUCAAAUAUUGUGUGGCCGCCCGACUGGCCCAGAGCUUGAUCAUGGGCGCCUAUACGCACACCCUGCAUCCAGGCAAUGAUUAUGUCCUGGUCACUCAGGCUCAAGGUUGGCUGCUUCUCGAGCAACUGUGGCGAGAGAGCCUGGAUACGAUUGAUGAGCUGUGGCAGACAACGGCCCAUCAAUAUCUCACACAGAGCACUAAAUAGUUCGGAUUCGAUCUUCCGCCCUUCAC